AGUGUCGAUUUUCGCGGCGCGCGCAACAUCUGUCAAAAUGGAAUAUUUUGAACGAAAAUAAAUAAUUUACAAGACAACAUUUUCAAUUUACGAAUUUAAGAAUUAUGCGAUGGUGAAGUACGAGAAUAUACAAAAAAAAUUAACAGUGUCUGUGGCUUGUGGUUCAUUUUGUAUUUGGCAGUAGAAAAUUCAGCACCCGGUUCUUUAGGAUUCUAUGUUUAGGUUACGGCCACGAAUGUGUUUGAAACGUGAUGUUCUAAGUGAAGUUAUUGUUAAAAAAUGAAUUAACGCAAUACAAUAAACCAAUAUUUAUCAUAUACGAAAGUUAUAAACUGUGAAAUUAACCUAUAACUGAUUCCAUCAAAAUUUGGUAACCUGUUGGAUUUUUUUCUUAACAAACACACAAAAUGCUGAUACCGAGUUAGGAGGAAUGAAAAUGUGCGUGAAAAAUGACGAGAUGCCUACGGAUAUUCGGUGCUUAUUCAUACAGAUUGAGCCGAAGACAUUCGACGAUACUUUUGCUUGCGUUUCUGAUAGCAACCGUAACGCUUAUACUGCAUCUCUACGCCUACAGGCAUCAAGAACCCGAACAGCUGCAGACGUCAAUCGGUGAUUUUGACUAUAAGCCAGCCUCAUUCUUGAUUGGGAUGCAGCCAAACGAAAGCAUAAAUUACUGCGAUUUUAAUUACGGCCUCCCGCACACGCUCGAAUGGGAUAUCCUCCAAACUUAUCCGUCCCCGGAGACUGGAAAUAAAAGUCCUUAUAGAGUCAUAUAUGAUGCUAUCAAAAGUAGGGCUUAUAGUAAUUGCGGUGUGUAUAAUGCAGUAACUUAUGCCACACAAGCAACUCCUGAAUUCAUUUACCAUAUCGUUGAGAUAGCUCGCUACUGGGAUGGACCCAUCAGUCUCAGUGUAUUUGUACCUGAUUACGAUUUGGAUAUAACGAUGCAGAUAAUGAACCAGCUCUGCCAUUGCUACCCUGGUAUGUCCAAAGUUUCAUUACAUCUCUUUUAUCCAAAGAAACUCACACCAAAACUUAGAACCAGGAGGCUGUUUUUACCUGUUACUACGGAACCGUCAACGACACCAUCGAACAUCAGCUUAGAAGAGAUGUUCAGGAAGAAAUUGGAAAAUUACAGGAAUUUGAACAACAAAACUAGAGCUGAGUACAUACAAGGAGCAAGGAAAAGAAAAAUUGAAAAGAUGAUGAUCGGCAUGAUCAAAGGAAAACCGGUUAUACCGAAGUUAACAUUCAAAGAUUGUUCGGGUCCAGAUUCGUUCGAUAUAAAAACAUUUAGAAAGGAAAACAACAUGCUAUAUCCGAUUAAUGUCGGCAGGAACGUUGCUAGAAAUGCAUCGAAGACGAACUAUUUCAUAGUUUCCGAUAUAGAAAUGGUGCCGAGUGACGGGUUAGCGACUAAAUUUCUCGUGAUGCUGAGGAAACUUAUGGGAAAUAAGAAACGCGACGAGGGCUGUGUGUUCACUAAGACGAUCUUUGUGGUGCCAUUGUUUGAAGUGGAGAGAGGCGAGGAAAUACCGCGGAACAAAGACACAUUAGUUCGCAUGGUAGCGGCGAACCGAGCAAUGUAUUUCCAUCAGAAGGUCUGCUCGCAUUGUCAAAGGUUUCCCGGACUGCAGUCGUGGCUUCUGCGAACCCCGCCGGACGUUCUGGAACCGAUGCUGAUCGCGAGAAGAGAGUACCCGUACCACAGAUGGGAGCCUUUGUACUUUGGCACACACAAGGAGCCUUGGUACAGCGAGAUGCUCUCUUGGGAGGGACGUCAGGAUAAAAUGCCACAGAUGUUAGAGUUAUGCCUUCAAGAAUACCGAAUGGUGGUCCUGGAUGGAGGGUUUCUCUGCCACGCUGCGGUUUCCCGAACUCAUUCCACCAGACAAUCGCGCGCUGAGAGACUAAACUCGGAACGUUACAUGAAGAUCUUAGCGGCGCUACGACGUAAAUACCAUCAGAAACAACAGUGCAAAGUUAUGUGAGAGCGCUUGUCAUAUCGGAGUGUAGGCAGAACGAUAUCGACUAAUUAUUUGAAUUCAAAAGAUGCUUGUGAUUUCUAAUUUGGUGUCUGUUUUGUUGGCAGUGGAUGCGAAUAGGACGGACUGCCAUUUAACCAAGACAAAUCAAAAAUUCUCACUUUACCACCUUAUGCCUUAAUCUGAAGGCCGGAUUUGAUUUGACUGUAUAAUGAAAACACUAUUUACACUCAGUUCUGAAUAUACCAGAUAACUGAAAACCUUUUAACAACAGUAUUAAGAUAAUCGUUCUGCUUACUCUGUUAUGACAAAAGGAAAUGUGAACGGACUGUGUAAUGUGUUUUAAAAUGUAAACUUUGAGAACUGCGGCAUUAAUGUGACUAGGCUCUUCGGUGAAGUUGCGAGGCUUCGGCGGCCGUUAGUGUUUUCGACUUCACGAUCGCAAGGCUACGUGUAAACAACGGCGGAUCCAGAGGGGGGGUCAUGACCCCCAUGAGCUGGUUCCAGGACUUAGGUGGACCGCUAAUUGAACAUAAUGAUUUUAUUUAUAUAUUUUCUCACCAUACAGAUUUUAUGUAACUACAUACCUUCAAUAUUUAAUAUUUAUACAGUACUUACGUACAUUAAUAAAAUACCUACUUUUUACUUGUAUCUAAUGUUAUCAAAAUUAAAUUAUAAGUUCUUGACUUGACCACUACUAUGAGACCCCCUCCUGGCGCCAAAGCCAGCCCUUGCGUGUAAAGCUGUUUGAAGUUGUUUUUUGUAAUCAUUUCGCCGAACAGUUUCGUGUAUAUUUAAGACUCAAAUUGUUCUUAUGAAUAAAUAAUAUUUGUUUAUUUCCGAUUAUGUAAUAUAAUUCUAAGUAAAUAUUUUAAUAUAAAGACUCGAAGGGUAAUUAUUGUGAACAGUCUUGAGUAUGCCACUACGAGCCCAUAAACAUUACGGUAGAUAGAUAUCUUGGCUGUGACCUGGUAUUGCUUCGAUAGCCACUAAUAGCCAGUUUCAAGCAGGUCGGCUGCAUACUCUUCAGUUUUCGGCGGCCAUUUCAUGGCUGGCAUGAUCACUGGCAUGAUUCAAUAUUAUCACACUAAAUAUGACACCUGUUACUGUAUUAUAAAUAUUAUUAUUGUAUAUAAUUAAAUGAUUUUAAAAGUAUCUGCUGAUUGAUAUUUUGCAUUACUUUUUUUUAUAGAAGGAUAGAAAUAAAAAAAAAACUUCAGCGUGCUCAAGGCACAUUUUAAGUGUAUUUUAAAUAUCUAUAUUGUAUUGUAAAUGUAUCAUAAUAAAAAUCGUUUAUGGGCAUUUUAUCGGAAUUGGUUGGCAUGAAAUUAAUAUUUAGCUAGAGUUAAAAAGAUAUGUAAAUAUAUGUGUACUUAUAAACAUCAGUGAUCUAUAAUUGUAUAAUAUAUAUAUAUGAUUUGAAUUAUGAAUAUGUAAAUAAUAUGCUUUAAAAAUUCGUGUACAGCACUGUUGUAGUUGUUGUAUUUCGAUGUUCAAUCACAUUUUAAUUAAUAGUUAUUAAGAUGAGCUUCACAUGAACCUAUUUACCAGAAUGAAAUUCGACAUUUUUCUGAUUAUCGUGUGUUUUCUAUUUUUGUUAUUUGAUUUUUACAACGCACAACGCGCGUAGCAUGUUUUACAAUAUGCAGCCUUCAUCUUUUUAAAAAGUACAAAAUAUCUAUGUAAUCUAAUAAGUUGUAAAAUUAUAACGUAAAGUAUUCCUGGUGUAUGUAUGUAGUAUAUAUAUUUAUAUACACAUCAUGAAUACUUAAAAUAAUACAUGAAUAUUAUAUUUCGUAAAUAUGAGAUACUUGAAAAUUGUAUAAAAAUAAAUGCAUUUAUAUAAUUCUAAAUAAACUAUAUUUCGGCAACA